UCGUCAUAUACAGAGUUGAGUACUAUUACUUAUUUACUUGUUAUCCAUCUAGCUCAUAUUUGCUAAUUGGUAUAUACUUGGCCCGUAAACUCGGAUACUCAUUUUGAUUAGAUCGAGUACUAUAUACAUCACAGUUUUUGUUUUUCCCUUUUUCAACUGGACGCAGUUUCUCUUUAAUUAAUAAAUUUUAUGUAUGGUCUUUCCAAAUUACAAAUAUUUUUCUAUUAUGGAAUCUGAGGACGAGUGGUGAUUGUAUACCUAACCUCCAAAUUUGUGAUGCCUAAUUUCGUAAGAAGAUAACAUAUAAUAGCAUUAUAUAACAACUUCUUUUAAUAAUUCUGACAAAAUAACUGUAGUUAAAACAUUAUACUUUAAAAUAUACUCCUGAUUAAUCAAGUUCUAUUGUAUUACGUAUUGCAAAUAAUUUAUUACUAUAUACUGUCAUGCUGAAUGCAAUUUAUUCAAUAUACAACAUGGACAUGGAGAAUAAAUAAAUGAGAAAGUAUCAGGAGACCUCAGACGUAAGGAAAGUGGUCGGCAGCACAUGGCGGGCUUUCAUUGGGUGACUUUUUUACCAAUAAAACUGGAGAUGCAUGGCUUCACCGACCUUGCUAAGGAACCUUUUUAUUGCACCGUCAAAAAGCAAGAUAAUUAAAGUGCCAAAUCAGCUCUUUUCAAUUACUUUAUUUUGUGGUGUACAUACAUAACAUAACAAAUACUUACAAGUAAUAAAUUAUCUGAUUAUACUUAGUUGGUUUGAUUCGUUUCGGUUUAGUUACUUUAUUGUUUGACAUGGCAAUGUCGGUUAACACUCGGUUAAUUCAGUUUGCUUCACAAACCCAAGUGUAACUUUAAAUAAUACUAUAUCAGAUGGCAGAUGGUACAAUGUGCAUAAAAUUUAACACAGUAUUGUAGGAUCCUAAGCAAACAAUCAAUUUCCCUUAUAAAACGAACUCAUCCGUCAACUUCUUCAUCAAAACAUCAAAAGCUUCCAAGUCUGAAUCUCCAAAAAAAACUCAGAAGUCACAAGAAAAGAAAAGAAACAAACACUCAAGAAUCUAAGGAAAGAGAUAAGCCAUGGGAAGAGAUCACGACGGAAUCCCUCCAGUUCCACUACACCUCUGCGUCUUCGUCCUCAUCCUCUUAAUGUUCGUAACUAUUUCAUGGUAUGCGAGCUACGAACCAGUUAUAGAAGGUUUUACGGACCAGCUCAAGCUUGCUCUCAUGGCUUCUCCUCUGCUUUUGCUCUUGGCCGUUCAUUUUCUAUCCAACGGUGAAGGAGGAGGGAUGGUGACGUCAUUAUUACCUCUGAACGAAAGAGAGUCUUUGUAUAGAGCUGGAGGAACGCCAUGGGGAGUGGCCUUCAUGCUCGUCUUCCUCUUCUUCAUGGUUUCGUAUCAAUCUCAGUUUCAAGAACGUUGGUUUCCCCUAAGAUGAAAAAGGACUCGUGUUGUGUCUUUUAUUUCACUUUCUUGACUUUCUCAUUGGGUCUAGUAUAAUAGAUUCAUGAUAAUGUAUGUUUAAUUUUUAUCCUUUUUCUUAUUACCAUACCAUUUUAUGUACUUUUUAGUCUAUUGUCUCAUAGACAGUAUAUAAGCUUUUGGGUGUCAGCAGAAAUAAAUAUGGGCGGUAAGUAAAAAUAUAUUUUUCUAAAUAACUGUCAGAUAAUUAUAAUUGUUUUUGUAAUAUCAUUGGUUUAAUCCUAGAGGUGCAUUAAUAAGAAGUUGCUUAUAAGUUCA